GCGGAACCAUUUCAUAGCAAUUUCAAAACUACACAAACCAAUACCAACAAAACCCAAAGAAAAACCUCUCUCUCUAUAUGCCAUGGUGAUGGAGUGGACUAGAGGACCAACCAUCGGCCGUGGCUCCACCGCCACCGUCUCCCUAGCCACUGCAGUCCUCUCCGGUGAGGUCUUCGCGGUGAAGUCGGCUGAGCUUUCGCGGUCGUCGUUCCUGCGAAAGGAGCAGUGUUUUCUAUCUAAGCUGAGCUCUCCUCAUGUGGUCAAGUACUUGGGUUGUGAUGUUAGCACUGAACACAAUGAGCCUAUGUACAAUCUUUUCAUGGAGUACGUACCCGGCGGCACGCUUUCCGAUGCGAUUCGAAGACAUGGAAAGGAGCUCGAGGAGUGUAUGAUCCAAUCAUACACGCAUCAGAUUGUGCAGGGUUUGGAAUAUCUUCAUUCAAUUGGGUUGGCACAUUGUGACAUUAAGAGCCAGAACAUUUUGGUGUCUGAAGAGAGUGCCCAGAUCAAAAUUGCUGAUCUGGGUUGUGCUAAAUUGGUGCAUGAAGCAUCCACGUCGGCAUUUUCCGGCACGCCGGUGUUCAUGGCGCCGGAGGUGGCACGCGGAGAAGAGCAGGGUUUUGAAGCAGAUAUAUGGGCACUUGGCUGUACAUUGAUUGAAAUGGCCACAGGGGGCAAUAGCCCCUGGCCGGAGGUAAGUGACCCUGUUUCGGCUCUCUACCGGAUUGGAUUCUCCGGUGACUUGCCGGAGUUUCCGAGGUGGCUUUCGAAAGAGGGUAAGGAUUUCUUGAGCCAGUGUUUGACGACAUGCCCAAGAGAGAGGUGGACAGCUAAGAAGCUUCUUGAGCAUCCAUUUCUUAAAGACUACUCAAUGGGGUCUACGACUCUGAGCUCAUCUCCUAUUAGUGUGUUGGAUCAAGGCCUUUGGGAUUCAUUUGAAGUCUUUGAAGAAGCUCCUCAGAAUCAAGUUUGUGAAAGCAUUUGUUCCAGUUCUUCUCCGCAAGAAAGGAUCAAGAUGUUGAUCGGAGGUACUUGUUCUACAUUUUCAGGUAUACCCAAUUGGGAAUUUGAUGAGAAUUGGUGCACUGUUAGAAGCAAUGGUGCCGAGGAUAGCGAAGCCUUAUUGAAGAACAACAAUGUCAUUGUUGCUACUUCAGAGCAGGAAUAUAUGGCGGCAACUGUUGCAUCAGAUGAGAAGCUUCACAGUUCAAUGUGUGAUGAUGAAGAAGAUGAUGAUGAGGAAUUAGAUUCUGAAUGUUUUGUAGAGUCUAACAGUAGAAUUGGUAGUGAUGGAGAUUUUGUAAUUUCAUACAUUGUUACAGACGAUUCUUUCGUAAACAAUCUUGAUAUUGAACAAGAUACUCGGAAUUAUUCUUUUAUUCACUUCCAUUGUUAUCAUUCGUGUUUUGAUUUUUCUGGCCAAACUGUGGUGCUUAAGUUUCUCUUGUUAAUGUCUUCUCUGUUUUGUGUUAGUUUGGUACAAUGCCACAUGACAGAUCAAUUUCUCGAUCUACAGGGUAAAUGCAUAUAUGUGAAGGGCGAAAUGCCUUACUCGAGCAUAAGGAUAAAUGCUCUUAGCAACUAGAGUUACAAGUCUCCA